AUGGCAGAAGCCGCUGAAGUGUGCAGCGAAGAAGAAGACAACAGGAUUAUAGGAUUAAAUUAUCUAAAUGAAUGGGGUUUAUCUCCAACCACUAUACAACGUUUCGCGGAUAAUGACAUUGGUUUCACGUUAAUGGAAGAGAUUCAGGACGCUGAAUUAAAGGAAUUAGUGCCAAAUUUAAAAGAAAGGAUUUUAUUCAAGAAAGGGCUCCAAAAAAUACGUGGGAUUAUUCAUGAAACUGCGUCUGAAGAUACAGCUUCAAUAAGCGAUGAGUUGGUUUCACCGAGCUCGCCGUCAAGCACCAUUAGCUCCGGAAUAAGUGAAUGGGGCACAGAGAAAUCUCAUGAGACAUAUUACAUCCCCAGUCGGAGAGUAGGAGAAAAAACAUAUAUUCCUGCACAAGCGAAACUACCUACUCGCUACCGUAAUCAGAUAAGAGUACUAAGGAAAGCUGGAGUAAAACCACUACCCACCAGCAGUGACAACAGUUCCGAUACCAACGAUGAUAACAUUCCAGGUUCCAGUGCUGCUGGUAUUUCACCAGAAGUGGCCGAGGAAUACAAGUUGUGGUUGAAAUUUAACAAAGAACCAUGGACAGACAUUUUGGAUAAGUGGAACCAGACGAGAAAAUACAGACUGGCAUAUAUUGCUGAAGAAAGAUAUACAAUCCUCGAUAUCCUUACAGAAUGGCCUAGCCUUAAAAUGAGCCUAGGAUAUAAAUUGGUUGAAGCAGAUUUUGACGCUAUGCAUCCACAUUGCGAACUUAAUUUGUUUAAAAAAUGGCCAUUAUUUAUGGCAAAAGCAAGACCCAUAUUGAAAAAUCUUAAAUCACCUGAUGUCAAUUUACUGGAUGAAGAACUUGAAGAAGAUGCCAGAGACUACAUUUUCUUCAAAUUAAUGUCGUACAAGAUGCCGCCUACGGUUAAAGUGCCAAUAAAAGAAAAUGGAAAAAAACGAUUUUACAAACCCAGCAUUGUGGAGUCGCAGAAUUCAUUUAUUUUACACGUUACGAACCAGAGUGAAAUUAAAACCAAACUGGAGCAAUACCAGAAAAUGCAUCUAGCCAGAGGAACCACUUUCCAACCGCUGGUGAUUGUUGUCGGACCAACGAGCAGGGACUUGCAACAUUUCUACGUAGCAGUUGAAUCAGUUCUCUACAAGGUAGACCAACUGCUAAAAGCUGUCGAUGUGUGCUUUAAAUUAUUUAAUACUGUAAAUUUGCAGUACCCACUAGAAUGUUUAAGUGUAUGGCAAUUCAUACAACGUUUUUUCUAUGACUUUCAAAACAAAAAUGACAAGAAGAUCUCCUGUGUCUAUUGUUUCAUAUCGGAUCUGAUGUAACUGAGUAGGUAUCUUUCAAAAACUAAAGAAAUUCUUGUGGUUUGGGAUAGUAGUCUAGUGACGAUGUUUAUUUGUUUCAAGUGUUUGUUUGAAACAGCAAACCAUCAAGAUCUUAUUCACCAUUUGAAAUUUAGUCACGAUCUAUAUGAUAACUCGAUUUAUCGAUGUGCACAAUCGAAUUGUUUCAGAGAAUUUCAAUGUUUACGUUCCUUUCGUCGUCAUAUAAUUAGUCAUAAUGUCUCGGACCGGAACAUAUCUUCAGAAUUUAACCCGCCACUUAACUUUAACACUGAGAACGUUAUAGAUAAUACUCCGGAUACGUGUAGCGUUAAUGUAUGCUGUAGUAGUCUGCAACCCACAUCUGAAAGUUUAAUUAAUAAAGAAGAAAGUUUACGGAAGUCUACUGCAGCAUUUGCAUUAUCGUUGUAUAGCAAUCCUUAUUUAAAUCGUAAAUGCGCUAGGAAAAUUAUGGACGACGUUUCAGAACUAGUAACUGGUGUCAUUGGAACUAUAUUGUCUGAAUUCUCACCUAAUGACCAAACAUCGAAUAAAAACAUAGUUGAAGCAAUUUCCCAUUCUUUUGACGGCUUGGAUACUGAAAGCCAAGUCAUUAAAUAUCUUUCUGACCUUAAUAUUUAUGUACCUCCAAAAAAAUUUACAAUUAAUGAAAAUGUAACUGUAAAUACAGGAAAUUCUACGAUAAUGCUAAGACCUAAGUCGGAAACUGGAGCGAUCGUACCUUUAGGAGCAGUUUUAAAAAAAUAUUCCAACUUCCAAAUUUUCUUAAAUUCAGCACUUCUAGUAUUCCUGACACCCAAUCUAUAUCAAAUUUUAUUCAAGGUAAUAUCUGGAAACAAAAAAUGGUCGGAAAAAUGGAUGAAAAGAGCUUAUACAUUCCAUAUUUUCUCUAUUUUGAUGAUUUCGAAUGCAAUAACCCCCUCGGUAGUCAUGCUGGAAUCCAUUCUAUUGCUGCUACCUAUUACACAUUUCCAACGUUGUCAGCAGAUCAUGCCUC